AUUCGCGACAAGCAUUUCCAGCAGGCCUAGAAGCCCGGGCUCGGUCGCAGCCCCUUUAGUUUUGCCGUUUAAUUUGUAUAUGUAUGUAUGGCCAACUAAAUUAUCAGGCUAAUACCAAUUUCACCCGUCUUUAAAAGUCAACAAAAACGCGUAACUCGGUAAAUAAUCACGUUUAGAAUAUAAAAUAGGAUUCGUUAGACUUAAUAAACUUCUGUUUUGUGACUGCUUUCCACAGUGUUGUGUGUUUGUCCUAUUAUUGAGGAAUUCCUACAUGGUUUCCAUAAUAUAGGUUCUUUGCUGACGUCUUGCUGACAACUGAAAACGCCACCACACAUCUCCGGAGAGACCCUCUACCAAAAACGCCCUCUUGACCUACCACUUAAAUACAUAAGUAAUUCGACUUCAAACAGGGCAAAAGAUAGCGUCAUUGUCAUCGUGGUGCACAGUGGCGUGCUGCAGGGAUGUGGAAAGAGAUCAGCUUACUGAAGGGAAGUCGAAGGACAGCGGAAGACGACAGGGCGACCAUUUGGACGGCAGGCGGCAAUGCGGUCUGUGUUCAUUGGUCGCCCGCGCCUUUCGCAGGGCUGUCUGUGGAGCAGUCAGUCGCAGAAGCAGUGACGACUCCUAUCGCAUACUAACAGGACAACCACAAGAUGAGGAAAAUGCUAUAUACAGAGAAUCGCAAGUCACACUUGACGUCGUUGAAGGCAAUGUUAAAUAUAUGCGAGCUUUAUCGGAAACUCCCACAAUGCAGCACGUUUUUUCCAAAGAAGACUGGGCUCUUCUGGAUGCCAUGACAACAGUGCCGGUCCCUGUUUGUCACGGUAAAUUUCUAACGAUGCACAAACGACGACGUAAAAAGCUUACUACCAGAUCUUUAUCACAAGAUCAUGCAAUACUUGAUGAUAUUCAUCACGGACAGGUCCAGAAAAUUCUCGACCGUUGUACUAAGUGGGCAUUUAAUGCCUUUACAUUGGAAACAGUUGCCGGUGGAAAAUCGCUGCCAGUUUUAUGUGUUCAUUUAUUUCAUUGGUAUGGAUUAUUAGACUACUUUCAUCUAGAAGUCGUACGAGUUUGGAAACUCUUUACACUGAUAGAGGAGGGAUAUCAUAGCACCAAUCCAUAUCACAAUUCAAUUCAUGCCACCGACGUAACUCAAGCAAUGCAUUGUUUUCUGCAAGAAACAAGGAUAAGGCGACAUAUAACACCUUUAGAAAUUAUGGCAUCAUUAAUAGGUGCUGUUGCUCAUGAUUUAGACCAUCCUGGAGUCAACCAACAUUUCUUAAUUUCUACUUCAAAUCACUUAGCGAUAUUGUAUCAAAAUAAAUCAGUUCUUGAAAAUCAUCACUGGAGGUCAGCAGUUGGUUGUCUCUUAGAAAGUGGAGUUGCUGAACAAUUGACCCCUUAUAGAUCAGAAUUGGAACAACAAAUUCGUGAUCUAAUAUUAGCAACGGAUAUCAAUAGACAAAACGAAUUCCUCACGCAAUUUAAAAAACAUUUAGACGAAGACACUUUGGAUUUGCGAGAGGCCCAUCAUAGACAGUUUAUUAUGCAAAUCGCUCUUAAGUGUGCAGAUAUUUCAAAUCCCACUCGUCCAUGGGACAUAUCUAAGAAGUGGAGCUCAAAGGUAUGCGAUGAAUUUUUCAGACAAGGUGAAUUUGAGAGAAAAUUGAAUCUUCCCGUUACAUCAAUUUGUGAUCAGCAAUCUACAUCAGUGGCGAAAAUACAAGUGGGUUUUUUUAAGAAUGUAGUUACACCACUGUUUGCUGAAUGGCAUAGAUUUAUGAGCAGUAGUCUUUCAACGCACAUGAUGAACAUCCUAGAUACUAACCGAAAACGUUGGGAAGCACAAGAAAAAGCCGAACAAGCGGAAGAAACACAAACGGAAUUGUCGGACGCCGAACCUGAAGUUGCCAGUGACGACGAAGAAGAACCACUGACAACAAAAUCUUCAACAAGUCGAUGUACACAAGAAUAUACAUCACAUGCGCCAAGGGAUAUUGGAAGACAAUCACUUACUGUUCCAACGUUGGAAUCAUUAGAAGUAAGAAGACAUUCUGUGCCAGUUAAUAUGGAACAUACACUGCCAAGACCAAUUUAUAGAAGAGAGAGCCUACCAACGGGUAAAGGUAUUCUAUUAAAUCGAACGCCCGUUAGCCCACAGACUGAAUCAAGAGCUUCCAGUGGCCUUAAAGAGGAAGAUGAAUUAUUACCAUAUGGAUCACAAUCUGAUGUGUCUUCUUCAAGUCCUCUAUAUUCAUCAGAACAACCAGAAAGGCCUUUAAGUGCUGAAAAUCUUUUACCAGAACCAACUAUAGCGUCCAUGACAAGUAGUACAGCUGUGAGCAGGCUCACUUCUAUUCUUCAAGGCAACGUCGUGGUACCAAAUAAACUUCUAACAAGACAGCAAACAUUUCCUCCUCCACAACCUUAUAUUAGAAUGAGAUACAUGUCUGCUACGGCAGAAAUGAGCACAUGUACAGAAAUCCCUAGUGAGGGUGGUAGUGGAUCGAGUUCUUCCCACAGUUCUCCUGAAAACAUAUCAAAUUUAAGUAAUAUACCACAAAAUAUUCCAACUAUAGCUGUUCUGAGCCCCAAUAAUAGUCGCUCGCCAGAUUUUCUACUAGCAGAUUUGUCUCCACCGGAUUCUAGCAAAAAUAAGUCUUCGUGUAGUUAUAAAAAAGAAACAGAUGUUAUUGAUAAGGAAAAAAAUGGAAAAAUGGUUGUCAUUUCAGAAGUCGGUCAAAAACGAGAAAAGGAAAACCUUGAUCCUAAAAGACUCGGAUCUGCGCAUUUAAAUAAACGGAGAGGUUCAGCACCUGUGAUGCCUACAGUACCAAAACCCGAUGAAAAAAUUUCGCCUGCCAGCAGAGGGCUAGUGGUGUCUGACACAGACUCUUUAAGAAGAGGAUCAGUGCCAAUUGAAGUUGCUCAAUAUCAUAUUAUCGAAAAGAAAAACCUCCAUCAGCUACAAUUUCCAAGACGAGGUUCUGCUCCUACCAAUAUAAUUUCCAUAUUUGGUGGAAAUGGCGAGAAAUUGGAGCAGCUCACCAGACAUACCAGUCUAAAUGGUAAAGCGGGAAGGCGAAAAAAAUUAAAAAGACGAAUCUCGGGUGGUCCGGAGACUUUUUGUCAAGCGGAUACAUUUUCUGAAGCAACAUCCCGUCUUUUUUUACUUCGCAAACCUGAGGAUACUGAAGCUCUGCUGGUUCAGCGAAGAGGAUCACUGCCUGUUGAAGUCUUGAGUUUUGGGCACUCCG